GGAAGUGUGUGUGUGUGUGUCUAUGUGCGAAAGUGUAUUUAAAAAGUUGAUGCAGGUUCUAUUCAUAUAAGAAAGAAAUAUAGAUUAUCUCCAUUAUCUCAAAAUCGAGUUGAUUCAUUUCUUCAGAACCGAUAUUCAAUCAAGAUGGCUGUAGGCAAGAAUAAGCGCCUGUCAAAAGGAGGAAAAAAAGGAGGCAAAAAGAAGAUCGUCGAUCCAUUCUCAAAGAAGGAUUGGUACGAUGUGAAGGCCCCAUCCAUGUUCAAUAACAGAAACAUCGGCAAGACCAUUGUUUCUAGAACCGUCGGAACCAAAAUUGCUUCUGAUGGCUUGAAGGGACGUGUUUUUGAAGUCUCGUUGGCUGAUUUGCAGAACGACGAGAUUACCUUCCGUAAGUUCAAAUUGAUGUCCGAGGAAGUUCAAGGUCGUCACGUUCUCACCAACUUCCAUGGCAUGGACAUGACCACUGACAAGCUGAGGUCCAUGGUCAAAAAGUGGCAGACCCUGAUCGAAGCACAUGUUGAUGUGAAGACAACUGAUGGCUAUCUCCUGAGACUCUUCUGCAUCGGAUUCACCACAAAGAGACAGAACCAGCUGAAGAAGACCUCGUAUGCACAGAGCACCCAAGUUAGGGCAAUUAGGAAGAAGAUGGUUGAGGUGAUGUUGAGAGAAGUGGUCGCCAGUGACUUGAAGGAUGUUGUUAACAAAUUGAUCCCAGACAGCAUUGGAAAGGACAUUGAGAAAUACUGCCAGGGUAUCUACCCACUCCACGAUGUCUACGUCAGGAAAGUUAAAAUCCUCAAGAAGCCAAAGUUUGAUCUGGGCAAGUUACUUGAACUGCACGGAGAAGGCACGGGCAAGGGUACGACAACUGAGGGUGGCGAGAGAAUUGACAGACCAGGCAACUACGAACCUCCUGUUGUGGACAGUGUCUAAAUAUUGUCUGCCAUCAUUGGUCGAUGUUGAUUAUGCUGUUAUAUAUUUGAGUGACAGUUUUGCGAUAUGCUGCUUGAUACACAUAUCCUGAAAAUUGAUGGUCAAAUUUUUCUUUAAAUAAACGAAAAGUUGAUUAGU